AUGAAGCUCAUAUUUCUUGUUCUCCUUAUCAUUGGUCUCGCCUGCGCCUGGAGUCCAGAAGAUUACGAAAUAUUCAAGCUCAAUGACAAAGUUCGACAAGUAUUAGGUCCAGAUGUCACUUUUUAUCAAUGGUUUAAUUUGACCAAAGGUUCCAAGUCAACUCCAAUAGAGAUUAAAAAGGCGUACAGGAAAUUGUCGAAAGCAUUACAUCCAGACAAGUUCAACAACAAUGCAGCAAGGAAGAAGGCAGAAGAAAAGUAUGCCAUUCUAUCCUCGGUCAACAAUAUUUUAAGAGAUGCUUCGAGAAAGGAGAGGUAUGAUUAUUUUCUUGACAAGGGUUUCCCCAAAUGGAAGGGGACUGGAUACUACUAUUCAAAAUUUCGUCCUGGGUUAGUUUUAACUGUGGUGGUGAUCUACGUCCUCGUCAGUGUCUUGCACUAUUUUGCUUUAAAAAUCAAUCGAAGACAGAGCUUCAAAAGAAUCGCUGAGUACAAGAAUCAGAUAAAGAAUCAGGCUUGGGGCGGAUCAAUUGUGCCACCUUCAGACGGUUCAGAUAGAAAGCUCGUCAAUGAAGCAAAUAACACCACUUUUGUUGUCAAAGGUUCUGGGGACGUUUACGUUGAGAACGAUGACGGCUUACAUCUCAUUGACGAGUAUGACAUCAAUGUCAAUCCCACUUUCAAAGACACUUUGAUUUUCAAAGUACCGGCAGGAUUGUACAAUUUGACAUUAGGAAAGGUGUUUACACCAAUUAAUACAGAGGUCAUCUACGAGAAGCCACAUUCGGAGACUCCAGUGCAAGGUCAAGUUGAACAGGUUAAAAAGAAGAAAAGUAAAGGUAAAAAGAUGGAAUUGGCAAAUGGAAAGGUGGUAUAUAGUAGAAAGAAAUAA